CAUCCAGCGAUGCCACCGCCUACCACAAUGAUCUUUUUGUCCUCGAGGAAAUGAUUGGGUGCCGCCAUGUUGACGCUUUUCGCUGAAGAUCUUCAGGUUGGGUGUUUUCUUUGGUAUUUACGUCCUUUUUCCCCUUAUCGUUUUCUUGUCCUAUGACAUAAUUUGUCUCGGCAGCGAAGCCUCUCCUCUUAUAUCUUGCCAUCAUCGUCUCAGGUCAAGCUUUCUGGCGUGGCUUGUAUGGAUGCAACAGUUGGCCAUGGCCAAGUUGAUAUCGCACACAAACGGCGAUGCGUUGGUCUCACAAGGCGAUUCACCAAUCGACCAAUGAGAAGAGCGCAUGGAUGGACAUCAGCCAAGGAAUUAUGGGUCCAUCUCCCCUCAUCGACCCUGAUGUCCACCAUUUUCCGAUGCGGGGUGACCCGGCGAUGCAGAAGCGAAGCGUGGAUAGAUCGUGCUCCAGGCUUCUGUUGUUCGAGAUCGUGAUCGAAGACAUGGCACUUACAGUACAUGGCCAAAGUGGGAUAGGGAUCUGGGGUCUCUGAAAUAUGUCUAGAGAUCGACAAGUAGCGGGCUGGUUCCUGAGCUUGACCUGGUAGCUGCAGCUCCCUGCAGCUCAACUCCCGUUUCGUCAACUCCACCAGCGUGGCAACCGGUAUUGGGUUUGCCAACAUGCUCAUAUCUCCGGCCUCUCUCGGUUCCCUCAUGCUACCUAACUGACUGAUAUGGACAUCCUCACAGUCUGCCGUAGCUGCAUCGUGUAACAGUCAAGGACAACGAGAGUCACAUUGGGAUCUCAUGGGUGGGCUAUCAACAACAGCAAAUACCGGCAUCCGAUGCUGCUUGCUCAUAACCACCAGGUCAAUCACUGGACUGCCUCUUUUGCCUCAACAACCUAACCCCUCUCUUCCGCUGGCUUGGCGACAACUGGGAAUAGACAGGCUGGUGCACAAGUGGGGUUCGGGCGCCCGUGGUCCGCGUCCCUCGAGCCGCAACGCCGGCAAGUGGGUGUGUAGAUGGCUGGCCGAGGAAGCCAACAUUUGGUACCUAAGAUAGGCAGAAUUUCUCCGAAGAUACGGCGUCUGGUGGGAUGGCAGGUGGGAGCCGCCAAGGCGGGAGAAUCCGACAGGCGCACUCAACAGGCACGGUUAAAUGGUCCGGUGAUGAACAAACAGUUCCUCAUCCAGGCGGCCGUGGAGGACAGGCACUGGCAGACGACAGACAGGACAGCCUGUGAGUGUGGGAGUGUGGAAUGUAACCCUGCCUUCACCCGACUUUUUACGAUUGCCAAUGACAACAUGUGUCAAAACUGUCAAGAAGAAAAGAGAAUUCUGAAAAUACCACGACACUUUCAAGGCGCUACCAUACAACAUCCUCACUCUGGCUCCGGGACGCGGAUCAUCAUAUGUCGUUGCCGGCAUUGACGUUGAGGACAAGAAACUGACACUAACACCUGGAGCUAAAAGAGGGGGCAAUUCUUGGAGAAGGGUCACACUCGACCGCGAUUGGCACUGGCAAGCGAAGCUGGCCAGCUGGCUCGGCGUCCAAGCGGCCACUCAGCUCACUUAUUACCCCAACGCCAGCCUUCGGGACUCGGGAGACUCUGGGGUUUGUCACUUGCAGGUCGGUGCAGGGCUGACCGGCCUCCCCGCAACCUGGAACAGAUCACAAAAAGGCUGGAGUUGAAAGUGUAGAAACGCCCUUGGUCGGCUUGCGCCCGAGAAUGGAUGUCGACUCUACGGACCGGCCAGACGCUGCUGGCGCACUCAAGACAGACGGCGUCAGGGAAUCGCCCAAGGAUCACAACAGCCGCCGGGCCGCUGCAUGUCUCGUGUGUCGCAGAAGCAAGAUCAAGUGUGAGAAGGGACGCAUGCCAAACGACGAGCGCUGUCAACGUUGUCUCCAGUUGGGGGUGCAGUGUGUUCGACCUGAUUUCCAUGUUGGACGUCGAAAAGGGGUCAAGAACAAGCGAACUGGACUGGAGAAGGCGCUGCACCAGGUUGAGCAGGCAGUGAGGAGAUCAGGGACCAGCAUUCAGGGGAUCGAGGCCACCAAGGUUGUAUCCGAGCUCAAAGUACUUCUCGGGUCGGGCUCGGAAGGGUCUAUGCCACCAGGCGACACCAUCCAGGUUGGUGGACGAAAGCCGAACCCGCGCCGAGACUCGAGACAGAGCGACACGCUCCUUCCGGACGCUUCAUCUGACGCCGGAGACAGCAGCGCUUCCGACCAGGACGGCAUGAGUGUACCGCCGCAGGGAUCGACCCCAUCCCAGGGCCACGCUGUCGAGGAGAGUCUUGCUGUUGAUGAUGCUGAGAACCCGCUCCAACUUCUUGCGCGCGCAUCCGACCUUCACGUGUCCCCAAAGUCUGGGAACGAUAGCCUACCGGCAGAAGCUGCCUCUCAUCAACGAGCACGCCAGGCCAAGCAACCCGACCAGCCAUCGGAAGUGGAAAAGUUCUUUAAGCUCAGCCAAUUCAGCCUCGAUGUCGGGAGUGAUCUGGACCCCAUCGACCUCGGCCUCAUGACUGUGGAGGAGGCCGAUGCACUGUUCACUUUUUUCCAUCACAAUCUAGCGCAUACCCGCUGGGGCCUUGACCCAGUCUUGUACACAGCAUCGUUCACUCGUUCCCGGUCCGCCUUUCUCUUCACGUCAAUAUGCGCCGCCUCGGCCCUCUUCAUGGCCGCUGCCUCGGCCCUGUCCCGUCGCCUCUCGAAUCACUGCCAAGCUCUCGUGAACCGCAUCAUCCGUGACCGUUACCGCUCCGUCGAGAUUGUCCUUGCCUUCAUGGUCAACGUCCCCUGGAUGGCGCCCGGGAAACACAGCACCGAUGACGAAACCUGCUGGUACGUCAGCAUGGCGACGACGAUGGCGCUUGAUCUCAGUCUGCACAAGAUCUUGGUCUCACAACAGAGCGUAAACGGCCAAGGCAUGGGAAGUAUGCCGAUGCAAGUUCCGAGAGCAGACUGCAUCGACCCCAAGGUGGCGCUUUCGCUGGACGGGUUCUCGGAGGUGGAUCCGAACAGCGAGUAUGGCAGACGGCUGCUGAGAAGAAGGGAACGGUGCUGGAUUGCCCUUUUCGUCUUGGAAAGAGGCAUGUGUUUGGCAAGAGGUCGGUGCUACACGGUUCCCAUCACGCCCAUCCUCAAGGGGUGUGACCAGUGGCAUUUGUCAAAUAUUGCAGAUACGAUGGAUGGGCAUCUUGUUUCCAUGGCGGUGCUGAGGAGAGAUUUGGCGCAGGAUGAUUUAUUUGCGUCUAUCAGGGCGGUCUGUGAUGGCUCUCGGGAUGGAAGAACCGGGGGCGGGAUUAUUGCCACCUCGAUCCAAAUGACCGUUGACAAAUUCUUUGACGAAUGGCAUGCUAAAUGGGGCAUCUCAAUCGGCACCGGGCCGCGUAUGUCUGAAGGUUUCAUGCGCAGCCCAGAACCGCUGUUUGCUGACCAAGCGGCAGAGCAUCGACUGCCGCCGUAUGUGCAAAUCCUGGUGACCCAUACCAGGCUUUCCAUCUACAGCAGCGUCAUCAACCACCCGACGGCUCCCACCGAAGUGCGCCACUUUUUCCAUGCCGCCGGCCUCUCAUCUGCGCUCAACGUCAUGCGAGCUGCAAUCCAGGGCGAGAGCCAACUGUCCAGCAUGCCCAACAACACAGCCAUCAUGAUCUCGUUCGCUGCGUGCUUUGCUCUUCGUCUCAGCGGCCAGCUGCCGGGCAAUUCCAACCUGGCACCAAGCGUCCGAGCCCUCAUUGAGGAAACAGCAGAGGUCCUCGAACGCAUCGGCUCGGCAACAAAGCAUCGAGAUGGCAUGUCGGCAUUGUACGGAAAAUAUCUUAGAUGCAUUGUCAAAAAAGCGGCGCUAUCAGCAAACGAGACCGCCCCUCGCCCCCGGACCGGUCACCACCAACCGGAACCUCUCACGCAACAACACCAAGCCACAGCACCGUAUGCGAGACACAGUGACGCCAAUAACCACAAUCACGCCCGCGGCAGCUUUAGUAUGACGGACGCCCUACCACCCAACCCGGCUGUUUCCGGCUUCCUGGAACCGCCCAUCUGGUCCGAGCCAAUCCAGUUCUCGUCCAUGUCGGAUGAUCAAGUCGUCGAGGCACUCAGCAGGGUCAAUAACGAGUUUGACCCAGCCCUCAACAUGUAUCCCUGGGACGACGCGGCGGCGUUGGAUUGGUUGAACUGGUCAAACCUACCGGACUUUGGUACUUGA